AUGGCUGGGCCCAUCCAUCGUUGCGGGGGCGUGCGGCCCCAGCGCACCCCCGCGCACCUCUGUGGCGCUGCUCCGCCUCCCCCUGCCCGGUCGUGCCGGCCGGGGCCGCGACCUUCGUCCGCUCUGGACGACGCUCUCACUCUGCAUUCGUCUCCUUUUGGCCGCCGUGCUGCGUGCGGCCGUCGGAAACCGUCGUCAGACCGGAGGGUGGCACUAGCGGCGCGGGGGGGCGGUGCGGGGGCCGAGGACGCCCCGACGCCGCUGUCGUCCGUGGACCUCGAGGAGUGGCUGUCGUCCUCGGAUGUGGAAGGCUCGAUCCUGUCCGAGGAGGAGUGCGAGGAAGAGUGUCUGGCUCUGCAGGCCGCUGCGACCAGCAGCGACUACGGCGCAGGCACGGAGGCGCCCAAGCCCGGCGCGCACGUCAAGACGCUGGUCCUCCGCGUCGGCCCGAAGCGCAGCCAGCGGUACGUCGCCGCCGUCAUCGGCCUGCACGACCGGCUCGACACUAAGAAGAUAGCCGCGCUGACAGGAGUCUCAAAGUCACGAGUGGAAUUCGCGAAAGCUGACGUGGCAGAGCGCCUCACAGGGUUCGUUCCGGGCACGAUUCCGCCGCUCGGCCACCGCGAGAAGAUCCCGGUGUUCCUCGACGCCCAGGUCGCCGCCGCCGGCGUGCUCUACGGCGGCGGCGGCACGCCCGGCAUCGGCGUGCGCGUGUCCCCAGACGCGCUCGUUUCCGCGGCGGACGCGACCGUCGCCGACAUCGCAGCGCACGCCGCGCCCGCGCCGUCCGCGCCGGACCUCCCCGAGCCCUGGGAGGACGGUGUCGAGCUGGCGGCGGUCACGGGCAUCGUUGCUACCGCGCGGCGCCUCGCGCGGACCCUCGUGUUCUUUAACAUCGUUCCCGCGGACGUCGAGGUGCCGGACGCGCCGUCGCAGUUCGUGCGGACGCGCUGGGCGUGUCCCGGGGCGCCUGGCGAGGCCGUCGCGCUCCAGGUCGUCGCCGGCGCGUCGCUGGAGAAGUCGCUGGGUGAGGACGCGACGGCGGAGCUGCUGUCGCAGGUGAGGGUCGGCGCGACGGUCGAGGUCGCGGGGCGGCCGCAGGGGAAGGAGCAGGACCGGCCGGUGCUCGACCUGGUCGCGACGAGCGUGCGGGUGCUGCGCCGGUCGCCGUACGCACCACGCAACAAGCGGGCCGACGCCGGGCGCGGCGCGGGGCCCGCGGAUGCCCGCGUGCACUCCAACGCGAACGACGGGUCGUGGGCGGACGCGUACGCGAUCGUACCGACGCAGCCUGCGGCGCCGGUCAGCCUCGAGGGCAUCGCGGGUCACAGCGGGGGGCCAAGGGUCGUCGUCGUAGAUACGAUCGACAUGGUGCUGGAGAUGUUCGCACGGCUGCAAGAGGCCGCCGCCGCUGCUGCUGAGCGUGGGUCGCCGAUGGUCGUCGGCGUGGAUGCGGAGUGGCAGCCAUACGCGAGGGGCGUGCCGCGAACGCCCGUGUCCCUCUUCCAGAUCUCUCUCCCGGACGUCGCGUUCGUCGUCGACCUCCUCUCGCUGUGCCAGCCGCCCGGCGCGGUACUGCACGGCCCCUCGCACGCCGACGUCCCGCCCACGGACCCCAUCGCGCCCGCAACUCCCAACCUCCUGCGUGCCGCCGCCGACGGCCGCGUGACCGCGUCCGGCCUCAGCGUCGCGGAGAGCGCGCUCAGCGCUGCAAUCGAGUGGGUGUUCGCGUCGGACGCCGUCAUCAAGGUCGGAUUUCAACUCGACAACGAUCUGCGUCGCAUCCAUCAGAGUUACCCCCACCUGCCCUGUGUCGGCGGCUCCGGCCGCGCCGUCGAGCCGCUGGACGUCAGCCCGUCCGGCAACGGAGCUUCAGCGGCGCUCGUGCGGACCGCGGGCCCCGCCGGCCCGUCCGAGGCCCCGCGGCCGCUGCGCGCGCACGUCGAUGCGGCCGCCGCCGCUCGCAUCGCGUUCCCGCAGCAGGUGGAGGGGCUCUACCGGCUCGGGCUCGCGAGGCUGUGCACGAUGGUUCUCGGCGAGGCGCUUGACAAGAGCCAGCAGACGUCGCAGUGGGCGCAGCGGCCGCUGACUCCCGCGCAGCUUGCGUACGCCGCAGCGGACGCCCACGUGCUCACGCGGAUCUUCGCGCGGCUCGCGGACGUCGAGCCCAAGCUGCUCGACCGCGCGCACCACGUGGAGGCGUCGCUCGGCCUCACCGACGUGUCGACGUUCGCAGGAGAUGGCAGCAGCUGGCCGCGGAAAGCGGUGGAGUGGGGGAGGCUCGGGGGGCUGCACGGGUCGUUCGCGGUGGUGCCGCAGGACGAGGACGCGGAGGUGAAGGCGGGGGAGUUCGGGCGGCCCGCCGAGCCGCUCAUGCCGGGACCGGAGCGCCCCGUGGGACGGUCGCAGCGGCACUUCAGUCGACGGCGGCGGCGGCCGUCGCGCGGGGGGGACUGGGCGGCGGAGCGCGGCGUGAAGUCGGUGCGAGACCUGGACGUGGACCUGGAGAAGGCGUGCGGGGAGCUGCUCGGGCGGGCUGUGGGCGCUACGAGGCUCGAGGUGGUGCACAGUCUGGUGCGCGACGACGACGGGUCGCUGGACGCGCGCAGCGGCGACAAGAAACGGUACGUCCGCUUCCCGCGCGGCGGCGGCGCCGUGCUCUGGCAGAACGCGGUCGUCCUCCUCAUCAACGUCGACGGCGGCGGGAAGUACCCCAACACGUUCCGAGAGACCCCCGACGGCAGAACGACCGUCACGUGGUACCCCUCCGCGACGCGCGAGAUGCGGUCCACGACGUUCGGCGGCCUCUCGCCCUCCGAGACGCGCGCACGGUGGCGCAAGCAGCUGCGGCGGCCGGAGGUGGCGGCCGCGCUGGCGCUCAGCGGCCACGCCGAGCCCGGCUCGGCUACCGCGUGCUCGAACGCCGGCGCGCACGUCCCAGCGGGCCCCGUGCCCGUCGAGGACAUCGUCGAGGCCGCGGCAGCGGCGCAGGCCAGCGGGGGGAGUGUCCUGCUGGUCUGUCGGCGAGGAGGGGUUCCGAAGCCUGCGGACGACCGGUACGUGUGCAUGGGCCGCGCGGUGUGCUGCGCGGUGCGCGACGCCAGCGCGGGGUCGCCAGGGCACCUCGAGUUAGUGUUUGAGCUGCCUGACUGGGCAGACGCGGUGCGGGAGCCCGCGGGACAGGCUGUUGUUCAGGGGGCGGUGCGGGGCGCGACCGAGGCCGUGUGA